GGGGCGUCAUCCGCGCGCGCCGGAAGCGGCCGGGCGAGCGAGCGAAGAUGGCGGCGCCUGAGGGAGCCGAGGAGGACUGGCCCGAGCUGGCGGCGGGCGGGCGGCGGGAGCUGCGGCUGGAAGCCGGCGAGGCGCUGGAGCGGAGGGUCCGAGCGGCCGGAGGUCGCCUCCCGGCCGCGCUGGGCGAGCUGGGCGAGGCGCUUCGCUCUCUGGAGGUCUGCGGCUGCCCGGAGCUACGCGAGCCCGGCGCGGCGCUGGGCCUCCUCUCGGGCCUGCAGGCGCUGGCGCUGCCCGGCUGCGCGCUGGGCCCGGCGGGGCUGUCCCUGGCCGGGCGGCUGCUCCCUGCCACGCUGCGCUCGCUCGACCUGUCGGGCAACGGCCUGGAGGAGCUGCCGCCGCAGCUGGGCGGCCUGGAGGGCCCCGAGGAGGAGACGGCGGGGACGGCGGCGGCCCUGCCCGAGCUGCGGGUGCUGAACCUGCGCCGCAACCGCCUGCGCGGCCUGGGCCCCGGGCUGGCCCGCUCGGCCCCCGCGCUGCUGGAGCUGCUGCUGGGCGGGAACCGUCUGCGCGCCCUCCCGGGGACGAUGCUGCCCCCGCCGCCUCCUCCUCCGCCCGCCCAGGGGGCUCGCCGUCCAUGCCCUCCGCCCCCCUCGCCUCUGCCGCUGCUGGGCCUGCUGGAGGCGUCCGGGAACGAGCUGGAGGUGCUGGGCGCAGAAGUGGCCCGCCUGGCCGGGCUGAAGACUUUGGACGUCUCCAAUAACAAGCUCUCCGAAAUCCCAGCGGAGCUGGCCGAUUGCCCGAAGCUGAAGGACGUCAACCUGAAAGGCAACGCCCUGAAGGACAAACGCCUGGAGAAGAUGGUCAACGGCUGCCAGACCAAGUCGAUCUUGGAGUAUCUGCGCCGGGGGAGAGGCAAGCAGGAGGGGGGCACCGACAGAGAAGAAAGCCGGAAAAAGAAGCGGGAAAAGAACAAGAAGAAAGGAGGCAGCGACGACGAACUGGAAGACGCCCAGAAACUCCUGGUGAAAAUACUUCACAUCUCCGAGAGCCCAGCGCCGCUGGUGGUGAAGGCCAGCCCCAGCGCGAAAGACGUCCGUCCUUACAUCGUGUGUUGCGUGGUGAAAGGCAUGGAUUUCAGCACUGGCAAUGCUCUGAAGAGGUUCCUCUCCAUUCAGACGAAGCUCCACGAGGACUUUUGUGAGAAACGGACAGCGGCCACCAUUGCGACUCAUGACCUACAGCUGGUGAAAGGACCCCUGGUCUACGAGGCUCGGGCCCCAGAGGAGUUGAAGAUCGCCCCCCUGGGCCGGAAGGAGAUCAAGGCCAACGACCUCCUCCGCCAGUUGCAGGCCGAAGCUGAGGAGCAGCGGAAACAGAAGAAGAGGCAGAACAUCUCUGGACUGUACAAGUACCUUCAGUUGCUGGAUGGGAAGGAGAAUUACCCCUGCCUGGUUGAUGCCGAAGGCGCCGUGAUUUCUUUCCCUCCUAUUACAAACAGCGAGAAAACGAAGCUUGGGAAAACGACCACCGAUUUGCUCCUGGAAGUGACCAGCGCCAGCAGUCUCCAGCUGUGCAAAGAUGUAAUGGACACUCUCGUUAUGAAAAUGGCCGAGAUGAACAGGCUGACGGCAGCCAACAAAGAUGGGGAAGCGGGUUCGGAUCACGAAAUCCCCCGGCCCGAAGGCAGCGUCCCAACCCCCCCUCUGGUCUUGGAACAGGUGCGGGUGGUGGACGCCGAAGGGAACCUCAGAGUCGUCUACCCGUCCAAGGCGGAUCUCCAAACCUCCCUCCUCACCGUCCUUCAUUAAGCGCCGCUUCCCCCGGGACUCCCUUCGGGGGGAAGCUGGAUAAAGGUUUUCGGGGAGUCCCGGCGCUCGGCUCGUCCGCCAGCCCCAGCAGCCAGGAAGCCUGGUGCUAUUUUAAGCCGCGUGAAUUUGGGAUCUCGAGAGAGACUCGGACGUUCGGCUUGCUUUAAUCCCCUUUCUCGGGUGAGGGGGGAGGGGGUGUCAGUUUUGAUCCCUUGCCAACGAGCGUCCAAAGUUACGUCCCCCAACCGAUCCCUCCCGGUGGGAAGAGGUUUGCUGUGCUGUGUGACCGAGUUCCUUCCACGGGAAAGAGGCGGGUUGGGGGUCUCAAGGCAUGUCCUAUGGGGAAGGAGCCCCAGUAGAAAAUCACCGCAGGGUAUCCUUUCCCUACCAGGCUCUUCCCCUUCCCUGCAAUGCCGAUUCUCCAAGAGAAGAGGGGUCCCCCUGACUUCCCCGGCUUGGCCCUGGGACAUUUGGGGUGGGGGUGUCCCAAAUGGCCACCAACCUUUGCCCCCUCAGCAACUGUGGGGGGUGCUAGGUGGCGUUUGAGCUUGGUGCCUUCUUCUUGCAGAGAUUUCAUGACCCAACUAGAUAACAUCAUCAGCACCAAGAGGGAGAGGUGGUUUGUGGAGGGGGGGAGAGGAGGAGGAGGAAGGCUGUGGGGUCCUUGGUGCUCUCUUAGCUUGGUGGUUUUCUUGCAGACGUUUCCUGACCCAGCUAGGGAACGAUAUCAAUGCUGGAAGGGAGGGAGGUUCUGCUUUCUAGCAAUGACGUUACCUAGUAGGGUCGUGAAACGCCUGCAAGAAAACUACCAAACUCAAGAGAGCAGGAAGGACGGACGGAGACGCCCGACAGGCAGGGCUCCAUCCCCCCGUUUCUCUUCCGCCAAAGCUGGCCGAGGGUCACGCCCGCGUUCCGGAUUGUAGGGGAGCAAUCCUCCUAUUCAGGGCAGCGCAAAACGGGUUUCCAAAUCUGAAUUUCCCUCUAAAAACGCGUUUCCAGCUGGCAAAUCUUACUGGAAAUUAAGGCUGCCUGGAUCUCUGGGGCAUCGAUAGUUCCACUCCUCAGAGAAGGAAUAAAAACGUUGAAAAAUCUCA